AACGCCCUUUCUUUUUCAGGGAUAUCAUGAUAACACACUUUGAACCUUCCAUCUCCUUUGAGGGCCUUUGCAAUGAGGUUCGAGACAUGUGUUCUUUUGACAAUGAACAGCUCUUUACCAUGAAAUGGAUCGAUGAGGAAGGAGACCCGUGUACAGUAUCAUCUCAGUUGGAGUUAGAAGAAGCCUUUAGGCUUUAUGAGCUAAACAAGGAUUCUGAACUCUUGAUUCAUGUAUUUCCUUGUGUACCAGAACGUCCUGGAAUGCCCUGUCCAGGAGAAGACAAGUCCAUCUACCGCAGAGGUGCACGCCGCUGGAGAAAGCUUUAUUGUGCAAAUGGCCACACUUUUCAAGCCAAGCGUUUCAACAGGCGUGCCCACUGUGCCAUCUGUACUGACCGGAUAUGGGGACUUGGACGCCAGGGAUAUAAAUGCAUCAACUGCAAACUCUUGGUUCAUAAGAAGUGCCACAAACUUGUCACAAUUGAAUGUGGGCGACAUUCUUUACCACCGGAACCAAUGAUGCCCAUGGAUCCGUCAUCCAUGCACUCAGACCAUGCACAAACAGUAAUUCCAUAUAAUCCGUCAAGUCAUGAGAGUUUGGACCAAGUUGGUGAAGAAAAGGAGGCAAUGAACACCAGGGAAAGUGGCAAAGCAUCAUCCAGUCUAGGUCUUCAGGAUUUUGAUUUGCUCCGGGUAAUAGGAAGAGGAAGUUAUGCCAAAGUACUGUUGGUGCGAUUAAAAAAAACAGAUCGUAUCUAUGCAAUGAAAGUUGUGAAAAAAGAGCUUGUCAAUGAUGAUGAGGAUAUUGACUGGGUACAGACAGAGAAGCAUGUUUUUGAGCAGGCAUCCAAUCAUCCUUUUCUUGUUGGGCUGCAUUCUUGCUUUCAGACAGAAAGCAGAUUGUUCUUUGUCAUAGAGUAUGUAAAUGGAGGAGAUCUAAUGUUUCAUAUGCAGAGACAAAGAAAACUUCCUGAAGAACAUGCCAGAUUUUACUCUGCAGAAAUCAGUCUAGCAUUAAAUUACCUUCAUGAACGAGGGAUAAUUUAUAGAGAUUUGAAAUUGGACAAUGUAUUGCUGGACUCAGAAGGACACAUUAAACUCACUGACUACGGCAUGUGUAAGGAAGGAUUACGGCCAGGAGAUACAACAAGCACUUUCUGUGGUACUCCAAAUUACAUUGCUCCUGAAAUUUUAAGAGGAGAAGAUUAUGGUUUCAGUGUUGACUGGUGGGCUCUUGGAGUACUAAUGUUUGAGAUGAUGGCAGGAAGGUCUCCAUUUGAUAUCGUUGGGAGCUCUGAUAACCCUGAUCAAAACACAGAGGACUAUCUCUUCCAAGUUAUUUUGGAAAAACAAAUUCGAAUACCACGUUCCCUGUCUGUAAAAGCUGCAAGUGUCCUAAAGAGUUUUCUCAACAAGGACCCAAAGGAACGAUUGGGUUGUCAUCCUCAAACAGGAUUUGCUGAUAUUCAGGGACACCCGUUCUUCCGAAAUGUUGACUGGGAUAUGAUGGAGCAAAAGCAGGUGGUACCUCCCUUUAAACCAAAUAUUUCUGGGGAAUUUGGUUUGGACAACUUUGAUUCUCAGUUUACUAAUGAACCUGUCCAGCUCACUCCAGAUGAUGAUGAUAUUGUGAGGAAGAUUGAUCAGUCUGAGUUUGAAGGCUUUGAGUACAUCAAUCCUCUUUUGAUGUCUGCGGAAGAAUGCGUCUGAUCCUCGUUUCUCAACUGUGCAUUUUGCUCGUGUUGCCAUUUAAUGCAUGGAAAACUCAUUACCAGCCUGGAUAUGAUGAACCAUUUGAUAUUUGCCAACUACAAAAAAGCGCUCAAUAUCUUGUAUUUGUUGACUGUAAGAGUCAAUUAUUACAUAUAAAUUUAACUAUGGAAAAAAAAGAGACUAGUUUCCAGACAAUCGUGUCAAAAUUCAGUUUUACUGGUAGUCUAGCAGCCUACUGAUGAGUAACAAAGUUGUCUUUUUCCUUUGAAGAAACUACUUACCACUGCUUUUCAAAAGAGUGUCUGUUGCAUUAAGGCACAUGGUGGUAUUACAUCAUAAGCCUCCCUGUGAUUUUUGUCAUACUUCCUUUUAAGUAUUUAAUUUUGGAAUAAAAAGAUUAAUUCAAAAUAUAUUACCUGUUAGUGUAUGAAUUCUUUGUGUUUAAAAAUUCAGCUGUAAAUUUUAUCAUUGCCUUGGAUAAUUACUGAUUUUUAAGGUAGCAAUUGUUAAGUUGACUGAUAAUAAAAGGUAUUACUUGCUAAAAAUUGGGGAAUACAGAUUCUUCUUGAGGAAAAAGUUAGGCACAUUUUAUUAAGAAUCAGAUUCCAAAUCAUUAGCUGUUUUUGAGUUCUUUUGUAUAAGAGGGGUUAGUUUCUGAGCUAGUCCCUUUAGCCAGAACUUUAGCUGGAAUGUGAACAAAUGUAGUUCAAAGGAUCCACGAUGUAGCCGAAUGGAAAAGUUCUCAGUAUAUAGGAAGGAAAAAUAGAAAUUUAAAGGAUAUAUAAAAAAAGUGCAAUGGUAAUAUUUAUUUCUUAUUGGAGAGUAAUCUCACAGUUGCUUUUGUGAUUUGAUUAAAUAAGGAGGCACUUAUUACAAAACUUGUAAAAGCAUUCUAUUUAUCUAAUGGAGACGGAAUGUAUACUAUUUGCCCUUAUAAUUUAGUAUACAAGAAAAUAAUUUACCUUCCAAACAUACUUACUUCCUACUCCAAAACACAUUAUCCACACUUUUGGACCCUGUUUAUGGAGUCUGCAGUGAAAUCCAU